CGGAAUCCCACUCAUGUGCUGCUCCACUGCCGGGUGUUUUCAUCGACCAGCAGCUACUACUACAAACCUCCUCAGCACAGCACCGCGACUCCACACUCUACACUGCAGUGUCUCUACUGUAUUCAUGUGCGUGGACCGGUGUGUGUGGUAUGUGUGUGUGGUAUGUGUGUGUGUGUGUGUGUGUGCGGGGAGGCAGCCUACAGAACAUUUCCAGCUCUUUUCUGUUACUUCAUUACUCCUUUAAAGCUGUAAUGUGACUGCUUGUGGCGUUUGUCUCCCCCCUUUUUUAAAAAAAAACAAAAACAAAAAACAAAACAAAAACAACAAAACCCCACCAAAAACUCUGCGUCUCCUUUUGCAGCUCCUUCUCGCUAAGUUGAAUCCAAACCGCCGAGAGCUUCUCUUCUCCCUCCACAAGCUCAAUGUGUCUCCUGCAGGACAAUUCACACCUCUCCGGGCUUCUGCUCUUCUCAGCGUUUUGCUGCCAAAUUCCUGCGCCGGUUUUCUAGUUCAACUUUGCAGCGAACUCAGUUUCCCUUGCGGUUUUUUUUUAAAAAAUAUACAUAUCUGCAUCUCUAUCUAUUUUUUUGUUUACUUUUUGUGUGUGUGUCUCUUGUGGAAGUGAUGGCGGAGCAGCGAGCGCGUCUGUUCCUCGUUAUUUCAGCAGCUCUCACCUCUCUGUACUCCGGUGUUUCUCUUGCACAGAAAGUGAGGACAUUCACUCUGCUGCGGUUCUCCGUGGAGCCGGUGGACGUGUUCGCUGUACGGGGUUUACCCGCCGUGUUGAACUGCUCGGUGGUGAGCGAGUAUCCGGUGAGGGUAGAAUGGAAGAAGGACGGCACGUUCCUGAACCUGGCGGCAGAUGAGCGCAGACGCCUCCUCCACGACGGCUCUCUGUUCAUCAGCACCGUGGAGCACUCUGUUCACAACAAGCCAGACGAGGGCGUGUAUCAGUGUGUGGCCUCCAUCGACAACCUGGGCACCGUCAUCAGCCGCGCCGCCCGAGUCACCGUGGCAGGUUUGCCGCAUUUCUCCAGCCAACCAGAGAGUGUGUCUGUACAUCCUAGGGGUAACGAGCUGCUAAUUUGUGAGGUGAGUCCGGAUCUUUCUCCCUUCACGCACUGGCAGAGGAACGGUCAGGCUGUAGAGACGGACACGCGGCUGAUAAAGCUACCCCAUGCGGCUCUGGUGAUCAGCAACGCUUCACAGGCCGAUGCCGGUGUGUAUCGGUGCAUCAUAGAGGGACUAGGGCCGGCCAAGACGAGCCAAGAUGCUCAGCUAGAGCUUCUACCAGAUUCUGCUGUUGAUGAGAGAAUGGAAAUCCUAAUGGGCCCGUCUGCUGUGUCCAAGCCGGUAGGAGAGACGGUGCUACUGCCAUGUGUGGUGAAGGGCUUCCCACUCCCUGUCAUUCGCUGGAAGCAGAACAGCAAGGUCAUUGAUGAGAGUGAUGAAAGGUUUGCUGUGAUUGGUGGAGGCAGCCUGCAGAUUGUGAAUGUGACUGAGGACGAUGGUGGUACUUACAGCUGCCAGGCAGACAACGGCAAUGAGACCAUAGAGACCCAAGCAGAGCUUAACGUGCAAGUUCCCCCUCGGUUCCUAAAGAAACCCUCGAACAUGUACGCUCAUGAGGCCAUGGAUAUUAUCUUUGAGUGCGAUGUCAUGGGCUCCCCAGCUCCGACGGUGAAGUGGGUGAAGAACGGAGACGCUGUCAUCCCCAGUGACUACUUUAAAAUAGUGAAUCAGCAUGAUUUGCAGGUGCUGGGAUUGGUGAAGUCUGAUGAAGGUUUUUAUCAGUGUGUGGCUGAGAACGAGGUUGGCAAUACCCAGGCUAGCGCCCAGCUCAUUAUCCUGGACCUGGACGUUGCCCUCCCCACAUCUCCCGUCCCCUCACUGACCAGUGCCACUACUGACCAUGUAGACUCCAGGGAGCGUUCAGGCUCCAUCCCGUCACCCCCGCGCGACCUCGUGGCUUCACUCGUCUCCACCCGCUUCAUCAAACUCACCUGGAGGCUUCCGGCCGAGCCGCACGGAGACAACCUCACCUACUCCGUCUUCUACAGCCUCAAUGGUUCCAGCAGGGAGCGUGUUGAGAACACCACAGCUCCAGGAGAACUGCAGGUCACCAUCGACAACCUCGUUCCUGACACUAAGUACACAUUCAGGGUGGUGGCGUCCAACAGAAACGGCCUGGGUGAAAGCUCUGCUCCUCUUACAGUGGCCACCCAGCCUGAAGUGCAGGUGCCAGGACCUGCUCCCAACCUGCAGGCUGUGUCCAUUACAUCCAGUACAGUCACGUUGACCUGGGAGAGACCACUCAUGGGGAACGGAGAAAUCCAGACCUACAAACUUUACUACAGUGAGAAAGGAAAGGACGUGGAACAGGACAUAGAUGUUGUAGGUUUGUCUUACACAAUGACAGGACUGAAGAAGUUCACAGAAUACAGUUUCAGAGUCGUGGCUUACAACAAGCACGGACCUGGAGUGUCUACUGACGACCUGAGCGUCCAGACCCUUUCUGAUGUACCAGGAGCUGCACCUCAGAAUAUCUCUCUCGAAGUCCAGAACUCGAGGAGCAUUAUGGUACGAUGGCAGCCUCCUCCUCCUGGCACCCAGAAUGGGGAGCUGACGGGUUAUAAGAUCCGCUACAGGAAAGCUGGGAGGAAAGGAGAUGCAGCUGAGAUUAUAACUAAUCAACUCUUUCAGCUUAUUGAGGGUUUGGAAAGAGGUACCGAGUAUUCAUUCCGGCUUUCGGCCAUCACGGUGAACGGUAGCGGCCCGGCAACCGAGUGGAUCCCCACCGAGACCUUCGAGAACGACUUGGAUGAGUCUCAGGUACCUGGAGUGCCCAGUUCACUGCACGUGCGUCCGCUGGUGAAUAGCAUCGUGGUGAGUUGGACACCUCCAGAAAACCAGGACAUCGUAGUGAGAGGCUACAGCAUCGGCUAUGGUAUAGGCAGUCCUCACUCGCAGACCAUUAAAGUGGACUACAAACAACGCUACUACAGCAUUGAAAACCUGGACCCAAGCUCACACUAUGUGAUUACGCUGAAGGCCUUCAACAACAUGGGUGAGGGAAUACCUGUGUACGAGAGCGCCAUCACCAGGCCUCAAUCAGGUCCCAUAGAGCCAGAUAUUGAUUUAUUUAAAAUGUAUCAUCAUACCCCUCACACCCCAGCGCCCGAGCCUUCCCCCAUGCUUCCCCCAGUGGGCGUGCAGGCCUCCGUCAUCAGCCACGAUGCCAUCAAAGUCUCCUGGGCUGAUAACUCGCUGUCCAAGAACCAGAAGAUCACCGACUCCAGAUAUUACACAGUUCGCUGGAAGACCAACAUACCAGCCAAUACCAAAUUUAAGGUUGCAAACACCACCACUCUAACAUACACAGUCACGACCCUGAAGCCCAACACGCUGUACGAGUUCUCAGUCAUGGUGACCAAGGGUCGGCGCAGCAGCACGUGGAGUAUGACUGCUCAUGGCACCACCUUGGAGACCCUUCCCACAUCCGCCCCUAAAGAUGUCACAGUGGUGAGUAAAGAGGGUCGUCCGCGCACCGUCAACAUCAACUGGCAGCCACCAUCAGAGGCCAAUGGCAAAAUCACAGGCUACAUAAUUUACUACAGUACGGAUAUGAAUGCGGAGGUACAUGACUGGGUUGUGGAGCCAGUGAUGGGGAACAGACUGACCCACCAGAUCCAGGAGCUCACGCUAGACACCACGUAUUACUUUAAGAUCCAGGCACGCAACUCGAAAGGCAUGGGGCCUCUCUCUGAUACAGUGCACUUCCGCACACCCAAAGCUGAGCCCUCCGACAAAAUGUCAAGUGACCAAGUAGGCUUUCAGGGGAAGCCAGGUGGACGUUCUCCAAUGCCAGACCAUGGGUUUGGAUCCUCUUUAGAUAAGCCAGGAAUCACAGGCAGUCAGGAGAAUCAUAUCCUGGUGAUCAUCAUCAUCGUUUCUGUGGGAGCGUUCACCAUCAUCACCGUGGUAGUGGGUGCAGUCCUGUGUACACGCCACUCCAACUCCCAUCAGAAAAAGAAGCGAGCUGCCAGUAAGUCCAGUAAUGCCUCUCACAAGUAUAAAAGCACCUCUAAAGACCUGAAACCUCCGGACUUGUGGAUCCAUCACGAGCGGCUGGAGAUGAAGUCUAUCGACAAAUCACCUGAGCCCAACGUGGUGAUGACGGAGACGCCCAUCCCCCGCAGCACACACGAGGCGUCCAGUGGCGAGGCUGCACACCAAAGACCAAACACGUACCGAGGUCAUGAGGUCGAGGAAAGCGUGUCUACACUAGCAGGAAGAAGGGGAAUGAGACCCAAAAUAAUGAUGCCCUUCGACUCACAGCCUCCACAACCUGUCAUUAGCGCACAUCCCAUCCACUCUCUUGACCACCUUCAUCAUCACCACCAUCAUCACUAUCACCCUCCACCGCGUGGUUACCUCCAUCACCAGAUCAGCCUGAGAGCUCCUGCUACGCCCUCUUCCUCUGGCCCUUAUUUAGACAGACCUUCUUCUUCAGAAUCUGUAAGGACUCAGCCGCCUGCCCCCGAGCUGCCAGUCGCCCCCAGCACAGCUGACCUGCAGCACACAGAGGUGCUGAUUAAAGAGGACGAGCCACACUGCUAUAAACCUCCCACAGCCCACGUCCACCCCACACACCCCAUGAAGAGCUUCACCGUGCCCACUGUCACUGUGUCAACUCACAGCACACCCAGCUCUGCCCUGCCCUGCACCGUGCUCAUGCCCCCACCAGUUCCCGGUGUGAAGACGGCAUGUAUCGGCACCCUGAGCAGAGCUCGUGCCCCUGUGGCCGUCACUGUUCCCAGUGCUCCUGACCAAUCAGAAACCAGCAAGAUGCUGCCACAGAAAGAGUCUGCCUACAGGACAGAUGAGCUGUCAGAGGAGAUGGCACAUCUGGAGGGCUUGAUGAAAGACCUGAACGCCAUCACGACGGCCUGAACUCGUUAACCCCCAUCCACAGCGGCCGAACGUAAACUCUGAGGAAAGCCUCGAGGUGUGUGUUUUUUUUUUUUUAUAUAUAUAUAUAAAGGAACCAGCCAGACGUUAUUUUCAAAGCGACGGGCAAGAGGACGUGUUUCGGAUAUUUGGUUCUGCAUUUCUCCGGAUGAGCAGCCGAGGCGAGGUGAACAGUUGCAGAGGUUUCACCAAUCGAAAGCAAGUACUCUGAGGAAACCGGACGUUUUUACUGUUGUAGCUUCACGACUCCAUGUCGGUAUUUUUGUGUUUUGUUUCUGUGUAUACAGUAUGCAUAUAUUAUUUUUGUUCUUUACAUUUUACGUGCUCAUUUGUAAAUCUGUACACGCCAUUUGAAAGGUGUGGAUUUUUAUGGACUCCAUUUCAAGUCGCCAUGCCGUUUACAUUUCCCCUACACGUGAAAGGUAGCGAGUGUCUUGUUCAUACGAGCAUGGACGUUGCCUUCGGUUUAAAAUGGCUGUAUUGUUUAAAACUCUACACUGAAGAAUGAAUAUGUUCCUUGGAUUAGAGAGACACGAUGCCGUGCGUUCUCUCCAAGGGAAACUUGUAGCAUGAAACUCUAAAUAUGCAUCAUAAAUUAUAUUACAGGAGUCUACAUGCUCCAAUACUGAUGUGUAUAGUAGGAUGUAAAGGCUAUUUUUGCUAAUUAAAAAAACAAACAAAAAACUCGUUUUGAGCGAUUGCAUCAAGUCUACAGUGCUGGAGUUUACACGGUGGAUGGAGACAUGACGCAUUUGGACCUUGAGCGUCACCUUGAACACCUCGUCUGCUCAUGAUUCAUCUGUGCGAGCUGGAAGCACCGCAAACUGAAUGAAGACGUCAAUAAGAUGUGGUUUUUUUUUCUUCUGACCUGACUUUUUAAGUAAUGCACCAAUUUUCUCCUUUCUACAUUUCCGAAAGACACUUUUUAUAUCGUGUUUGUUUUUUGUUUUUUUUAAAUAAAAGGUAAGUAUGUUGAUUUGUAAAUUAUGAUAUACAAAGUCCCCACCGACCUUCUGUUCCCAUCACGCCUCCUGACCUACCGCCAGAGCAUAUGAACUCUAGAGCGCCAGCUCCAUUUCCAUCGUUUCAUCCAAAUGAAUGUUAACGUGACGGUCAGAAACCCUGCUAAUGGAUAAAGUGUUUGUAAGCGUGUUAGCGAAUGGAUUUGUCGAACUCUCCAAACGUCCGCUGGAACCAUCAGAACUUCAGUUGCACAUUUUGUAUGGAGUUUAAAAAGGAAACACUGAUGUCAUGUAAAAACGAAGCUAUUUUCUGUAAUAACGGAGACAGUUUUAUGAACCCUGUCGUUUGAUUUGUCCUUGUACUAUGAGCUCAUACUGCUUAUUUUUGCUGUUGUACAAUGAUGUGACAGUCCAGUGGAAAAUAUGUUGUUCCAAAAAAAAUAAAUAAAUACAUUUUUGUAAUUCGUCUUAACCUGUGCAAUUUGUGUUGCUUUAUCAGUGUGUGUGCGCGCUUGUUCUAACAACCCAAUACUUUAAUUUGAUAAAAGGUGCAUUAAAAAAAAAUUAUUAAUUUUAUUUGCUUAAUCGCUAGAUCUGAGAAUAAAUCAGACAAAAUACACAAUUUUAUAAAUUUCACAAAACCUGUUACUGUUCAUUUUAUUUAUGAAUCCAAUCCUUAAGGUGCAAAAAAAAAAAAAAAACAUUUUCUGCUUAGAAAAUUCAAACAUGCUAAGAUUUUUUUUUCUUCCGAGAAGCGUAAUCAAACUCAAAAAGGCCACUAUUAAAUCAACGUUAGAUAAUAUUUCAAUCUUUUCAUAUAUUUACAGGCAAGGCAGAGAUCAGACACCAGCGUUCGGAUAUUUAUCCUUCAUCAUGCGGUAUACAAAAAUUAGCCGUCUUUUAUUUUGACUCGAACAUCAGACCGACUCGCUACGUGAAAUACGGUCGAACUUUACAAUUCCAGUGCUGUUUUAGAAUAAUUCAUUCAUCUGUACAUUUGACUCUUGAACGAAUGCAACAGUUCCCCUUAAAUUUGUUUGUUUGUUUGUUUUUCCCCCAAGAAUGAAUGGCACUUGGACAGAAUGUAAGAAAUGAAUACAAUAAAGGCUGAACUUGCAAGG